CGCGCUGCAAGGGGAAUCCGGGCCACCCGGAAAGUCAACCUUCAUCCCCGUCCUGCACGUUGCUUAGCCAUCACAUUGACGUUGUCGCCGUGCUCUCCCGCCCAUGUUUGCGCGGCUGCUGGCCUCGAGGUCGCAUCAUUGCAACUGCUCCCGUGAUGUCAGACGCCAGCGGCUGCUCUCAUCAUGGUGUGGUCGGCGAGCCAGAGGGGUGCGCAGGCGCCCCGUUCCAAAUUGAUUGCUCCGUAAUUCUACCAUGGUAAUCGUGAGCGCAACAAAGGCUGCGUGGCCGUGGCCGUGGGUGGGGGGUGUGGUUGGCAGGCACCAGGAGCCGACAUCAUGGCCGAGACCCAGCCAGCGCAGAACACGAGCACAGUACAACUCGAAACUGGCCCUGAUCUGCAGUGCUCCGCCUCCACCGGCCGGCCACAACUCAAGGCAGAUGGCCGGCGGGGCCAUGCUCGCUGCCGUUGAACAGCUGGUCGCGGCCUCACUUGUGGUGGUGGUGGUCGGCGUCGUCAUCAUGGCUCCUCUGCGGGCCACGGCAGGGCAAAGUUCCCGCAACUUACCAUGGUACGACGACCACCAAGUCAUUAUUGCCAUCGGCCACAGUCCCCCACGCUGUGCCCGGUGCCAGGAUCUUGCGGGGACCACUUCUCAGAGCUGCUCGCAGACUUGUACAGAGGAUGGGACAGCAAUCGGCCAGAAUCACCUCUUCCCAACGGAGACGGCACGGGACGAAAAGGGGAGUAGCAUUUACCAGCUGGGGAUCAUUAUCAGUGCACACAACCUCCUGCUGCGGCUCCAAACCUUCUGCAACGUCGUCGUCUGCCUACCAUUGGCAAGAGGGGGAAAAUGGCCACUGCUGCAGCGGCCUGAGCGCAUGGUUCUCUCUCCCAUGUCAAACGCUCUCGGACGGCAAACCAAACAUAAUCGGCACGCGCACGUAGGAAUAUGCUUUGAAGCGCUGUUUCAUGCCUCUCCAUCGCCAACAAACAGGCACGCAUGGUUCGUGUGCUCGUCCCUCCCGCCGCCGUGGCUCGGAUGCCAACCUAGGCCAUCAUCAACCAACCUCCUUGCAUUGCAUCAUGCAGCGUUGGCUCUGACCACGCGGCAUGGACCCUGAUCGACGCCUGCGCAUGGCCUCUGCACUAAAUAUUGCACCAAUAAUGAGC